ACAAAGAUCAGGUCCAUCCUUGCGCUGGCUUGUCCGCCCUUUGCCAUCGCCAUUCACUACCUGCUCCCACUCAAUGGUCAAUCGCCGUUAUGAGUUCCGACAGCAGUUUCAUGGCCGACAGUCACACCCCGAACGCUGCACUUGCUGCUGCCUCAUGCUUUCUACAAGCUCUCAAGGACUUGCUCGCUACGCACACAGACGCAUUCCCCAACCAUGAGCUUGCAGCACGCUUUGCAAUCAUCCACCAGGACAGCUGCCCAGAACCAUCUUCUCCCCCCCAGCAGCGCCUGACACGACCAAGCCAGCAAGCCAUAGUCGACAUGAUUGCUGCAUCCCCAGCCCAUCCCUCUGAGCGCGACGUCCUCAAGCCUCCACCGUCUGUCAGCCCGUACGCCAACUCUGUCGUCAAUCACCAGUACACUUCGAUUGAGCGAGCGUUCCAAUACGUAGACACACUGAACUGCCUUCUGCGACGGCAUCCUGAUGCCCCUUUGUACCCAGAGUCUUCUGCCGCCAGAAACACCAAACACCAAAACAAGACAGCCUGCCUCUGCACCCCGCAAACGAAUGACCCAUGGCAGGACCUGCUCUCCACAGGAGAACAAGCACGCCCCGAUGAGUGGAGGACACUGUGGCGUAUGGUCAACCUGCUUGAGGCCGGCAACUUCACGAGCGCCAUCGUGGCUGACUCAUUUAACGCUCCGACAGGGAGCCUACUGCGCAGUGAACUAGCCUGUCUGUUUGCGCUUGUUUGUCGGCAGCUCUCCCGUCUUGAUGCGUCUCACUUAGACAAGCCUGACGAAUCGGGGGGCAUUGAUGUUGUCAUAACGACAUUCACGCCCGAUACAGUCCGAGUACUCCAAGCCUCCCUGUUCUUAGCCUCGCAGCCGCCGCAAAUCCAUGUCUACAAGCAGUUAGAUAAACCAAUGACGAGCGUAACAGGGCCUGAGGUCUCGAUAGAAUGGCGGGAACUAGUGUCUUGGAUGUGCGCCGCACCUGCCGGUGCUACCGCUCCCGAACCUUUCAAUGACUCCCUGAGCAUAUUGAAGCACAGGGAGGAAACAGACACGGCACUAGGGGGCUCGGACUCGUCUCGGUCCACGUCGGCCUCGUCCACACUUUCGCGAGAUACCGCAGCUUGAUGCGCUUCGGGCUAGGAGCGCGGCACGGCUGGCAAAGAUGCGGGCGGGUUGGCGGGGUUGUUGGCGGCAAACCCCUUCCCUUGGCUCGCGGGCUUCGCCCGGGGUGGACAAGGUCCAAGGGGGAGACGACAGGGGGCCGUUCCAGUUCUUGCAGGACAAGGGCGACCUCACCAGGAUGGCAGCGUUGGACAUGUCGGAACUGCAGGCGUUACGGGCAAUCAGCAACGUCACCACAAGGAACAUCAUGCCCGAUCUGAAGGAGGGCUGCGUGUGUGCCCGGGAUCAACAGCGUUGGGAAGAUGAGAGAAGGUUUUGGCUCGCGGGGUAUUGGUGUAUGAUUACGAAAUGACGAAAUGAUACCAUGAAGGAUAGAUGGAUACUAUGAGGAUGGCAUUAAGGGUAUUGCUAUUUCAAAAGACAGAGGGCAACUAGUCCCCGCGUAAACGCGAAGCCGCUUGCUCCAUGGCCUUGAAUCCCGCCA